AUGAUAGAUCAUUUGAAAGAAACCUCGAAUAGAGAAAUUAUUACGAAAAUAGUUGAAAAGCUUUCCAAAUUAUCAGAAGACAACGACAAAUUCUUUUCAUGUUUAUGCAAGUUAUGCCAAAAGUUCUACAAUAGCAAGUCAAAUUCAUACGCAGAGCACAUUUUAGAAAAAAUUUCAGAUAUAAUUCACAUUUACAAUCAAAAAAGCUAUACAUACGAUGAUACAGUUGUAUGUCAGAUAGUACAGAACAGAUUAAACCUAUUUGAAAUCUCAAUUUACAAAUGUUUUUCAGAAAUCACAUAUAGAAAGCAAAAUGAGUGCUUAUCAGCUCUAUUUUUAUCAUUAGUAUCAAGUAUACAAGAUGUGUCGAACAGUAACCCAGGAAAAUUUAAAAUUCCUGAAUCAACAAAUUUAGAAUUUUCAGAAUUUACUGAGAAACCAUCAUAUUCAUCCACAGAUUUCCAGCACAAUGUAGAAUAUCAGUCCAUAUUCGAUACAAAAGUCCCUGGAAUCAAUUCUUGUUUAAAUUAUUCUUCAAUUUUCAAUGAAAACUUUUAUGAAAAGAUCAAACUUGUUCAAAUGGUCUUCCAGUCCGCAAAAUCCUAUUUAACGGACAUUUUCUUCUCAAAUAUGAGCAAAUAUGGAUUUUUGAACGAUGAUGUACAACCAUAUCUUUGUUUUCUCCUUCUUUUGCAAGAAUCAAAAGGUUUUUCGACCGGUAUCUUCGAUGCGAUCAUAAACUAUCGAAUUUUUGACCCUUCGAUUCAUAUGUUUUGUCCUCCAAAGGAUUACGAGUACAUUGCGUUCAUCAGACAACUUGCAUUGCAAACAGUUGUUGCAAAGAUGCCUACGAUGCUUCCAAAAGUCUUGGAAAAACAUGUUAAUCAUCAAUUUCUUUUUUCAGAGCUUUGUUUGAGGAUACAAUCGAUGAUAAAGAAUGGUGUAGUCUUUGAAGACCGCCAUUUCACAUUAUUCAUCGAAGUUGAACACAAAUUAAGAAAAAUUUACGAAAUUUCGGAAGAUUACAGAGAAAUCGCUAUCAAGGCAAGAUCUUCCAUUUUCGUAUUGAUAUACUCUAUAAUGAAUAGCCCGGCAAUAACAGAAGCAAGUUAUUCCUCAAAAUACUUUUCAACUUGCUUUUUAACAGCAUUUUUCGAGCCACACUUUUCGGAUCUAGUUUUUGAGAAGCUCCGAUCGGUUUUUCAAGUGGCCAGCUCUGAAAUUGAACAAACAACAGAUUUCGUAGCAAAUGCGUUGAAAACGUUAAAGUAUAAUACAAGUACAUCUUAUACUUCAUCAUUGGCUUCAAGAUUAUUGGCUUCUGUUGGUGAUUCUAUUCCUUUAAACACAUCUUUGGCAUUAUAUUGCGAAAAUGUUCUUAAAAACGCAAUAGAAUACACUGAAGCGUUUCCAAGUCAAAGCUUCUUGACACAAAUCAUGCAGUUGUCCCUUCAAAUGUUCCUUUACCACUUGGAUUUCGAAUAUGAUUUAAUUACUACAACAAAAGUGUCAAAAAUCAUACGCCAAUUGGAAGGACCUGAGUUAUCUGAUGCUAUUAAACAGAAAUUACUCUGUUUUCUUUCAGCAUCUCAAUCUGUUCAUCAAAAUUUUUUGUCAUUGAUCCGAAAACCGUCAGUUUUGACCUUAAUGUUCUCUGUCUAUUCAUGUGGGAAGCAUUUUAAGGAGCUUUUCAAGCUCUUAAACGAUCUUAUUAAUUAUUCAUCGUAUAAUCUAUUGAUGAUCCACAAAGGAGAGGUAGAUUUGAUACUUUGUGACAUGGUAUCGAACUUUCCAAACUCAUUCUUCUUCAGAGGAUGCGAAAUUGACAACUUUUCCGAUGAAUCAGAGAUAAUUAACAUGAUUAUGCCUUUGUUCAACAAACUUAUUUCGAUUAAAUCAUCUACAAUUGUUGCACAAAGGAUAUUAAAUAUCAUGAACCCGAAAGAUGGUAAGUUUAACCCAUUAGUUUUUCAAUUUUUGAGUCAAUUUUUCUUGACAAUCAAAACUAUCCAAAAUUUACCUUCAAUUUUGUAUCCAAUUGCCAUGAACAAGACUUUUUGGAGUGUAUCCAAUCUGAACAAGAAAAAUUUCUUCACAGAAAACACUAUUUCUUUUUGGAUAAAAGUGGAUCAAGCGUUGGCAAAUCCGUUAAACAAAAAACUGUCAAUUUUGAGAGGAAAUUAUUCAGAUGGACGUCACUUUUUCGAAAUUUCUAUUAGACAAAGUCAUGUUUAUUUUGAAAUUAAUUUAGGAGAAAAAUCUGCUGAACUACAAAUAGCGGAACUUGACAAUUCAAAUUGGAAUUGCAUUGCAAUUGUUUUUAGAAGAGUUCCUGAUAAAAAGAAUGUUCGAAUUACUGCAAGAUUGAAUCAGAACAAACCACAGUCAUCAACAAUAGAUAGUUGUUUAGAUCAAGAUGAUUUAUUUUCAAUAAAUUUCGGAAAUAAUUGUGAAAUUAAUCAAAUUGACACUGAAAAAUUAAUUUGUUCUUAUCAAAUAUCUGCUGUUAAUUGUUAUUCCAAAGUUAUUUCAAGUGAAGAAUCAGAUACUGUUGCUUUGAAUUCAUUGGACUUUGUUUUACCUAAUGUUCCUGUUUUGUUUUCUUUCAAUAUAAAAGAAAAAAAUCCAACAGAUAAAAAACAAAAAACAUCUGUUCAAAUCCAAGAAUUGUUUGGUUUACAAAAUGUACAUAAAAUCAUGCCAAACAUUAAUGAUAUUUUCAGUAAUUAUAUACCAAUGAUUUCUUUUGUCCCUGUAUUUGGAAAACUUGAGAAUUCACCAAAGGAUUAUUCUUGUGUUUUGGUUGAUUUCAUUUUUUAUUGUUUUGGAAAACAAAUUUUGACAGUAAUUGACGAAAUUCCAUUUUAUUUGGCAAAGUCACCGUCAGAAAUACUGACUUACCAGUUGUAUAGAAGAUUUUAUAAUUUGAUUGAUUUGUUUACGACUAAUGAUGAAUUGGCGGUUUUUGUAAACAAAAUUUUGAUGAAUGGCGAAUUAUGGGCAAAAAGUCCACCUUCGACAAUACAGAAAGUGCUGAGUCAUUGGUCUACUGCAUUGAUAGAGAUAAUUAGAGAAAAUGACAAAAUAUUGAAUAUUGAUUUUUAUAAUAAGAUUUUGUCUGUUUACAGGAAAUAUUUCUUUUUACCUGAUGAAAAGAAAACAAAAGUGAAAGAAAUAAAAGAAGAAAACAACGAUUAUGAGAAUCCAAAUGAAAUGUAUAAUGAAAUGAAAGAAAUAGAAUUUGAUAAAAAUAAUAAUCUUCAAAAUGAAAAAGUGACAAAUGAUCAAAAAGUGACAGAAAAACAAAAUAUUUUAGAAAACAAAAAUUCUCAAAAUGAUAAUAAUUUAGAUCAAAAAGUGACAAAUCAUCAAAAUAUUUUAGAUGAAAACAAAAUAAUUCAAAAUGAAAAAUCUAAUUUAGAAGAAAAAGUGAUAGAAAUUUCCGAAAAUCAAGAUAAUAAAAGUGAUCUUGAUCAAAAAUCUUUAAGUGAAAAAGUAACAGAAAGUGAAAAUCUUCAAAAUGAAAAGGAUUCAAACAACAAUGAAAAUAAUGUACAAAAAGUGACAAAUAAAAAUGAUAAUUUCCAGUUGAAUGAAAAGACUAAAAGGAUUUCACAGUCAAGUGACAAAUCGAUAGAAAUGAAGAAACAAAACAUUUCUAAAAAUGGAUUAGACUUGAACAUGAUUUUAUUCUUCUUUGAUAGAUUGAUUAGUGAAUUAUCACCAAAUUUUUACAAUGAUGAUUUGAUCGAAUUGUUUAUUUCACAUGGAAUUUUCUGUGAAAACAAAACAUUGACAAGUCGAAUUCUUGGUUUAUUACCAACACUUCUUCAUUAUCACAGGAAAUGUCCAAUUGAUGUCACACAAAUGAUGCAUUUAGUUAGUCUUCAAAACCAGAAAGAAUUUAUUUUCAUUUUUUUAUAUUCUAUCCAAGUUUUCUAUCCAUCGGAACUUUACAAACAGAGUAUUUUGCUUGGAUACCACAUUCCUCAAGACAUCAAAUACGAAGACAUCUGUUCAUUCGAAGGCGAAUUAAAUCCAUUAUCCGCAUUUCCAAUUAUCUUGAUUGUUUCAUUACGAAGUUCAUCAGAAACACAAAAAUCUAUUUUAGAAAAAUAUGAACAUUUAACAACAAACAAAGAUAAUUGUAAAGAAAUCACAUCACAUUCACAUUGGUACAUUUGGUUUAUCUUAUUUGCAUUACAAGUUGAUCCAACAUUGCAUCCACGAUCAUCAGAUGUUUUAUCUAACUUGAUUUUGUCGGAUUUCGAUUCCGAAGUUACUGAAAGGAUAUUUUCACAUUUAGAUGUCUUGCGAAUCACAACAAACUUCCAAGUUAUUAAAAUCAAAGCAUUAAUUACUAAGCGUUUGUAUGAUUGUCUUAAAAGUGAUAGCAAAUCUAUGCCAUUUUUGAUUUCAUUCUGUUUCUCAACAUUGUUUAUGCGAUUGACUCGGUCAUUACACAAUGAUUCAUUGAUAUCUAUUGGAUUUGAUUCUAAGUUUCAUGACGAUUGGAAGAAUUGUAAACUUCCAAACAGAUUUCAAAAAUUAACAAGUUUCAAUCAGAUCAAAAAUGCAUUUUAUCUUCCAAAUAAAUUACAUUGCUCAUAUCGAUUACAUUUAGCAGAUAACACAAACAUUCCUAACAGUCAACAAUAUAUAUUGAACAUUUUGUUAGAUUUGUUAGACAAAACACCACUUUUCACACCAAUUCUUCAUGUUAUUCAGUUGAUUUCUCGAUAUCCACGCGGCAACUUUGAGAAGAAAUCAUUGAUUCUUAAGAUUGUUUCAGAACGAGAGUUUUUAGUUUUACAAGGCUUUCUUUCAGAACGUUUUGAUAAACUGAAAAGUAUUUGUUCAAUUAUUCAUUCGUUUUUUGACAACUUUGAUUUUGUUUUGAACGAAAUUAACAGUCGACUCAAUCAUUUGACCGAUCCAUCAUUUAAAUACUAUGAUGAAAUCAAGGUAAUCAAUGAACGAAUUUCUAAUAACAUUGUUCAAGAUCAAACCGAAAUGAAGAAAUCAUUGAAACAUCUUAAUAAUUUUGAUUGUUGUCAAAUGAAACGAAUCAUUUCACAUGAUCAUUUCCAUGAAGAAUUUCAAGAACCAUCUAAUUUUGUUCAAGGUCGUCGAAUCAAACUUCUUAAAGAAUAUGAAAUUUAUGUUUAUGUUGAAGACAAGAAACUUAUUUUAUAUUAUGAUGGAAAGAAAGUUAAAAUCGAUCCAAGCGAUGUUCAAGCUAUUCUUUGGCGUUCUCCAAUGCAUAUUCAAACAGGAGUUGAGAUUUAUCUUAAAACAGGGAAAAGGUAUUUUAUUGAUUUUUCACCACAUAAGAACAGUGUUUUCUUCAAUUUAUUGAAAGAUUUUAAGUUUUCUAAGAAAUGUAUUAUCCAAAAUGUUCCAUACAAAGAAUUUGUUAAAGAACAAGAUCUUCUUCAUCAGUUCCAAAGUAGUCAAAUCUCAACAUUUGAAUUUUUGCUCAAAUUAAAUUUGUUUUCAGGUCGUACAUUUUCAGAUUACAAGUUGUAUCCUUUCUUCCCUAUUCUUGAAAUGAAUUUCGAUGGUCAAUAUACAAAACGCGAUUUCCGACUUCCAAUCAUUGCACAAACACCAGAUAAACAAAAAUUCUUCAAGAACCAAUUAGAAGACAAAAGUGAAGAUCGAUUCAAUUUAGGAGUUCCUAUGUCAUCACCCAUUUUUGUUGGUAGUUUCUUGUAUCGAAUCGAACCAUUUUUAAGUCUUAACAAAAUCUUGCAUGAAAACAAAGUUGAAGAUGAAGAAUUCUUGUUCACAAGUAUUUCCAAUUAUUGUAAUCUUAUCAAGACAACGAACGAAGACCGAGAAGCAACACCCGAGUUUUUCACACUUCCAGAAGCAUUCAAAGGCUUUGAAAACAAAUUUAAUGAUUAUAUCGAAUGGGUCUACAACAAUCGAAAAGUCUUGAAUUCCAGUGGCAUGAAGCUCGAAAUCUGCAACUGGGUUGAUUCUAAUUUUGGCUUUGCACAACGAGGUAAAUCCGCAAUUGAACGCUACAAUGUUUUCUUACCAUUUUUGUAUGAAGAUGCAUGGUCUAAAAUCAGCGAUAACGAGACUAACAUGGCAAAAGAACUUAUGUCUACAUUAGGAAUUGUUCCUCCACAGAUAUUUACCGAAAAGAUCAAUAUUGAUCAAUUUUCAACACCAUUUUCAGAUUUAGAAAUCUUUCGAUCAUUAUCAUUUUCACAAUUUUUCUCUCAUAAUAAUAGUAAUAAUAACAAUAUUAACAAUACUAAUAGUAGUAAUAAUUGUAAUUUUGUUACAUCAGAGAUUUUCUUUGAAAACAACAUUCAGAAGAUUGUUGUUUUGACAACAGACAACAAACUUUGUAUUUUAACAUCAGAUCUUGUCAACAAACACAUUUCAAUUGACAAGACUUUUGAUGUUGAAUCAGCAAAAUUUUUAACAUCAUCAUAUUUUAGUUUUGUUUACUUAGACAAUUCACACACAUUGCAUUUUCAUUACAAACAUCAAAACAUCGAAAUCAAAGAAACAGAAGACAUCAAAUUUAUUGAUCACGAUUACAAGACUAUCACAACAGCCACACUUAACGGCAUUGUCAAAGUAUACAAAUCAGACAAACUCAUUCGUCGAUUUAAUGUUUUCUGCGACGAAAUUGUUUUCAUCAAGACAUCAGACAAAUUUGGUAUUGUUGUUACAGCUACCGCUGAUAGUUUUUUGUCUAUUUAUUCUAUUUUCGACGGCAACAUCAUCAACACAAUCCAUGUCGAAGGUUUUGUUAAGUGUAUUGAUAUUACAAGUGAAUUUGGAUUUAUUUUGUGUGCUACAUCAACACAUUUUUACAUCAUCACAGUCAACGGCACAGUUGAUAAAUCUAUUCGUAUUUUACGUGAUAUCAGUAUGAUUUGUUCAUGGAUUUCACCAAUUUCAUUUGUUGACUGUGUCUGCACAUCAGAUUCAUCUGGUUCACUUACUAUUUUUGAAGCAUUCUAUCCAGAUAAAGUAUUACUUACAGCAUCAUCAGGCUCAUGUGUUACAUCUAUGAAAUACGACAACAACCUCAUGGGAAUUAUUACUCUUACUAGUUCUAUGAACUUACUUUUCUUUCCUUUUUACUAA